UUACGAAUGAAAAGAACGUAAUACUUCUUGGAUCACAAUUUAGUAAAACUAAAUUCUAUAUAAUCACAAUAAUAUUAAAUUUUGUAUGCCUGGAUUCUCUAAAAGUGUAUUUUCAGCUCAACUUACCAGCUCACUGCAUGGAAAAUCCAGGAGAGAUGUCGAAGUUCUUAUCAGUCGCUGCCAACGACUGUCCAAGAAAAUAUUGACAACAACAGAAUAUUCGCCAAAAAACGAGCUAUUUGCGCAUUUCCUGUUGGAUGCCCAGCUGUGGACUUUGAAAGACUUUUGUAUAGACAAUCAAUUGGAAGAUUUGGGUGUGUACGGCACACUUGAUAAUGGAAAAACUGCUGAAUACAUUGGAACGUCUUCUGACGAUUGCUUAAUUGAGCUUUUAAUAAAUUUACUUUUACAUGGUGCUUGCAAAGUGAGCAUGGUCUGCAGUGAGUUCAUGUUUGGAAACCGAAUGGAUGUAGGCUACGUACUGACACAUAGUGGCGUACACAAUUUGUGACAGCGGAGGGGGAAGUACGGUUGGACGGGAGGCCGCACGGUGCCAUAAGUAGUAGUAGCUUUGGCUUUGCAAUGGGUACCUAGGUGGUAAGUAUGUACUUACACAUAAUAAAAUUUAGACGUCUAACUAAUUUUUUACCACGUACAAAACUGACAAAAACAGUUAAAACGAACCGGAACUAAUUUGAGGAGAGUGCAUGAGAAGAGUUCCGGACAAGAACUGAUGACGCUAAUCGUGUUUGUGUUACCAGAUGUUAUCCUAGUGUAAUGAUCUUUGGAAACGAAAGUCAUGCUUUACAUCUGCAUUUAUAACAGUCUAAUUUAAGAUUCUAAAGCGAUAACCUUUAAUUUAAAAGUUAUACAAAAAAAGCGUUUCCUGUGUAACGUAGAUGGUCCAUGAUCAUAAUAAUACACAUACACAUGCAGCAUCGGUUUUGUAUAUUUGUGGGAUAGAUUUUUCUUCAUUAGUGAUAGAAGGUGGCAGGAUCUGUCGGUUUAUCGGAAUCUUCACUGAAUGAUACGAUUUCCUCUCUUUCUGAAAGUCUGCUUUACCCCGUUCCAAUCCAUUUGGCAUCAGCACAAUAAUGUAACAGUCAAGCACAGGAAAACAAUUCUCGCUCAUUAAAAUUAGCAAUUUAAAUUUGAAAUUCGGCAUGUCAAAAAGAAAGUGGAUCCCCCCAAUUUCUUAAAUUUAUAUAACAUGAUAGGAAGUAUACUACACACUUUACAAAAUCAUACAUGUUCUUUUAUGCAAAUUGCGCCUGGACACCAUGAUACUACUUGUAGUAUCAUGCCUGGACACGUACUUUAAAUUCAGCCUAAGUGAAACAAAUGGAAUGUUGAAAUUCGCCCACUUUUCGCACAAAUACCAACAAAGCUUUGUGGGGGGAGGGGGGGG